AAGGCAGUGUUUAAAACUAGCCAAGCAAAAAAAAUCUUUAUUCACAAUCUAUGGCUAUGGAAAAGGAAAAUCAUGAGCUGCGGGCAAUUUUUGUUCCUUUCCUCUCAACAAGUCAUAUCAUCCCCCUCGUUGAUAUGGCCAGGCUCUUCGCCAUGCACGACGUCGACGUCACCAUUCUCACCACCUCACACAACGCCACCAUCUUCCAGAAAUCCAUUGACCUUGACUCCGCUCGUGGAAGACCCAUUAGAACUCACUGCUUAAAGUUCCCUGCUUCCAUGGUGGGCCUCCCCGCCGGCGUCGAAGCCUUCAACGUCGACACCCGUAAGGACAUGCUCCCCAAGAUCUUCAUGGGCCUCGCCAUCCUCCAACCGGAGAUGGAGAGCCUCUUCCAGCAACUCAAUGCUGAUUUCAUUGUCACCGACAUGUUCUACCCUUGGAGUGUUGAUGCCGCCGCAAAGCUUGGGAUUCCCAGGAUCAUGUUUCAUGGAGCUAGUUACCUUGCUAGAUCUGCACUGCACUCUGUUCAACACUAUAAACCCUACCUCAAGGUUGAUUCGGACUCUGAAAAGUUUGUGCUACCUGGUUUGCCGCAUGAAUUGGAGAUGACGCGUUUGCAGAUACCAGAAUGGGUUAGAACACCGAAUCUCUACACGGAGUUGAUGAGGACUAUCGCAGAGUCAGAGAAGAGAAGCUAUGGCUCCCUCUUCAACAGCUUCUACGAGCUCGAAAGCGAUUACUAUGUGCAUUACAAGAAGGUGAUGGGCACCAAGAGUUGGGGGUUAGGCCCUGUUUCAUUGUGGGCCAACCAAGAUGCUUCGGAUAAAGCAGCAAGAGGUCAAACAAAAACAGAGUCUCAAGAAGAAGAAGAAGGGUGGCUCAAAUGGCUGAACACGAAGCCAGAGAAUUCAGUUCUGUAUGUGAGUUUUGGGAGCAUGAAUAAGUUCCCUAACUCUCAGCUCGUUGAGAUUGGGCAUGCAUUGGAAGGUUCGAGGAAUAACUUCAUCUGGGUGGUUAGAAAGAACGAAGAAGAAGGAGGUGGUAGUUUUCUUGAAGAGUUUGAGAAGAGAGUGAGGAAAAGCGGGAAAGGGUAUCUGAUAUGGGGUUGGGCACCGCAGCUUCUGAUAUUGGAGAAUGCGGCGAUCGGAGGGUUGGUGACACACUGCGGGUGGAACACGGUGGUGGAGAGCGUGAACGCGGGGCUGCCGAUGGUGACGUGGCCGCUGUUUGCGGAGCAUUUCUUCAAUGAGAAGCUGGUGGUGGAUGUGCUGAGGAUUGGGGUUCCGGUGGGUGCGAAAGAGUGGAGGAACUGGAAUGAGUUUGGGAGCGAAGUUGUGAGUAGGGAAGACAUUGGAAAAGCCAUAGCUUCUUUGAUGGGUGGCAGAGAAGAAGAUUCAGAGAUGAGGAAAAGAGCGAAAAAGCUGAGUGUUGAAGCGAAGAAGGCUAUUAAGGUUGGUGGUUCUUCACACAACAACAUUCUUGAAUUGAUUCAGGAGCUCCACUCUCUCAAACUCUCCAAGGCUCAACCACACAACAACGCUUUUUAUUGACAACAACAAAAAGAAGAAAAAGAAAAAGGAAUAUCUCACUACUCGUUUUCCUCGUUCCACUGUUUUUUCCAACCAUAAAAGUAUAAAGAGAAAACUCAGCUGGGUGAAGUUGAUGGUGAAGUUGAUACCGAGAGCCAUUAGAUAAAAUUUUAAUCAAAUCAGUCAAAUCAUCUAACAAUUUUUACUAUCAACUUCACCUGAGUUUCCACUUUAUAUAAGAUUUUUAUCUUUCACCCCCAUUAAGUGGUAAUGCUAUGGGGUCUUGCCACCUUAUAUAAAAAUAGUAAUAUUAGGAAGAAAACAAAAAAUUAAAAUUUGUUUUAGAUAAAUUAUUAUUGUUUUUGGUUAAUUAUUUUUAAAAAGCAAUUUUCUAGUAGCAUAACGAUGCCUUAAUUAAGAUGCAAUAAACAAAGCCAAUACUGCAAGUGAUGUACUAGACUCAGUAUUAUGAAUGUGUAAACUUAAGAUUUGAAUCAGGAUCCAACUGCAAAUGUUGCAUCGUUUGACCAGUUAUAUGAAAGAGAAAAGACAAAUUGAGUUGGAUGAGAUA